GAUGUUCAUUCGUAUCAAACAUACCAGUACGAAAGUGACGGAUCCUACGAUUUCUAUGAAAAGUAUGAAUGCAGUAAGUAAAUUAUUAUUGUACUUUCCUGCUGGGGUUGUAGGGGCUGAUUUUGUCAGUUCGGCAUCAUCUACCCCAAAGGCAACAUCUACUACAACACCUCUACCAUAUGCCCAUUCCCAGUUUGUCCAAAUAAACCCUGAAAAGGGUUCUAAUCAACCUACUGAUGAUGACAGUACAUGUAAAGAGGAAAAAGAUCCUAGCUCAGUAAUUGAUCAGAAAAAAUGUAAAUCAAAGACAGAGGAAACUAGUAAUGGAAAAAUUGAGAAGACAGGUACUGGGAAGAAUAAUGCUUGCCCUAAUUUUGAGAAUGAUUCAGGUGUUACACCACUUCCUGUUGAACACAAUGCUCCACUUGGAGAAGCAUUACUUAAAAAUUCAAAAACUGAAUUCCUUAUCGACAAAUAUGGUAACUUGAAACAAAGUGAUGGUGAUUUUGAAGAAAUGAUAAGGAGAAUAAAGGACAUAAAAAAAUGUGGCUAUCCAUUUUGCAAGAAAUUAAAGAAAAAGGUUAUGCCUGAGAAAUAUAGAAAUGAAAAAGACAAGCCCAAAAAAAAAACACACUGCUGCCAUCAUCUUAUACCGAAUUGGAAAGUAGAAGAAAUCGCCAAAUCUGCAGGAAGGGCUGGAGUUGAAUAAUUUAUUAACGGAAAUUCUCUGAUUAAAGAAUUGUUGCAAAAUCGACUAGUAUUGAAGAAGAAUAGAGGGAAAUUAUUACACGCCUGUUAUUCUUGCAACUCAUACAAUUUAGUAAAAGGCCCACAUAAAAGUGAACGGUUAAAAGAUCCAGGUAGGAAAUUAGAUAAGGAGCUGAUUGAUAUUCAAAUUAAAGAAGUAGCAGACAAGAUCAGAAAAUGUGAAAAU